AUGAUAUUUACUUUCGGUAAGUGUUUUUUUUUAUCUUUAAAUUCAUUAACUAGCUUUGUAGCAAAUUCAUAUCCAGAAAUCUUGUCUAAAGUAAUAUCAAUAUCAGAUGAGUUUAUUUUAAGUAUUUUAUCUCUAACCCAACCACCAGCUACUCUUGGAGUCACAGUUUCUCCAUCAAUAACUAUUGUUUUUGCCACUUUGGAUAUUAAAUCAAAAAGUUCUCGUUCUUGUUUUGUCAAUACAAUAAUCAUGGCUAAAUUAUUUAUUAAAAAAUUUAAUUGUACUUUUAUUUAA